GAAUAAGACUCUUUGCACACAAAUGGUGUCCAUAGAUAUCAGUGAAAUUGACUUACAAUGGAUUCAAGUGCUGUCUGAGGGGUGGGCGCCUCCACUAAAAGGAUUUAUGAGAGAACGAGAAUACCUUCAAUGUCUUAAUUUUGGACUUUUAGUCGAUGAAGGCGUACAAAAUCAUACCAUUCCUAUAGUACUGGCCAUCACUGAUGAAGACAAAGAGCGUCUGAAUGGUGAGACUAAAGUUGCGCUCAAAUAUCAGGACAACUUCGUAGCCAUUCUCGAGUACAUCGAGAUCUAUGAGCACCGGAAGGAGGAAAGAGUAGCCGCUGUCUUCAAAACCACAACCACUGGUCAUCCGUACAUCAAAAUGAUAGCCCAAAUGGGGGACUGGCUGUUGGGCGGCGACCUCCAUGUGAUCGAUAGAAUCCAAUGGAAUGAUGGACUCGAUAGCUAUCGAUUGACGCCAAAGGAGAUCCAACAGAGACUGAAACAAAUGAAAGCAGACGCAGUGUUUGCAUUUCAACUGCGAAAUCCCAUACAUAACGGACACGCGUUGCUAAUGCAGGACACCCGCAGACAACUGCUGGCCAACGGCUACUCUAAUCCCGUAUUACUGUUACACCCAUUGGGCGGUUGGACCAAAUCAGAUGACGUGCCCCUAAACGUACGGAUUAGUCAACACAAGGCUGUCCUCGAUGAAGGAGUUCUGGACCCGAACACAACACUAAUGGCUAUAUUUCCGUCUCCCAUGACAUAUGCCGGUCCCCGAGAGGUCCAGUGGCACGCAAAGGCUAGACAAGUAGCCGGUGCUAACUUUUAUAUUGUCGGCAGAGACCCGGCAGGUCUUCCCCAUCCAGACAUACCCGGCGAAGACCUGUAUGAGCCGACGCACGGCACGAAAGUGCUGCAAAUGGCUCCGGGACUCAAUAACAUAGAGAUCAUACCAUUUAGAGUCGCCGCUUAUAACAAACAACUCAAACGAAUGACAUUUUAUGAUCCAAACAAUCACUCGGACUUUGAGUUCAUAUCGGGAACUAAAAUGAGAAAUUUUGCUAAACAGGGACAGACACCUCCC